CGCGGGCGCCAUGGCGGCGGCGGCGCGGCCGCUGGCGCUGCUCACCAGCUGUGCCGCGGGCUUCGCGCCCGAGGAGCUCGUCAAACGUAUCACAGGAAAAGAUGACCUCACUGUGGGUGCAGUAACAAGUGGAAGAGUGAAUUUCUACCCCUGGACAAUAGAUAACAAAUAUUAUUCUGCAGAUAUCCACCUCUGCGUGGUCCCAAACACAUUCCACGUGACUGGAGAGAUUGCUGAGGCUGUGCAGGCAUUUGUUGUGUACUUCGACAGCACAGCAAAGACUGGCCUGGAGGGUGUCUCCGAAUGGCUUCCCCUGACAGAAGAGUGGCUGCCAGAAGUGAUGAUCCUGGUUUGUGACAGAGUGUCUGAGAACGGUGUAAACAGACAGAAAGCGCAAGAAUGGUGCAUCAAGCAUGGCUUUGAGCUGGUAGAGCUCAGCCCUGAGGAGCUGCCUGAUGAAGAUGAUGAUUUCCCCGAGUCCACGGGAGUGAUGCGCAUCGUGCAGGCCCUCAACGCCAACGUCUGGUCCAACGUGGUCAUGAAGGGUGACAGGACCCAGGGCUUUGGUCUCCUCAGCACCUUGGCAGGAGCCAACAGGAGCCGUGGCUGUGAAGAGACCCCAGAGAGAGAAUCCAACCCAUCCCCAGGAGAGAGGGAAGAAUCCCAGCUGGAUGGUGGAGAGGAUGGAGCUGGCACCAACAGCCUGGAGCCUGACAGUGCUGGAGAUCCCAUGCUGGAUAUGGACAUCCAGGAGCUGGCCAGCCUGACCACCAGGGAUGGGGACCUGGAGAACUUCGAAAGGCUCUUCUCAAAGCUGAAAGAAAUGAAAGACAAAGCUGCCACGCUGCCUCACCAGCAGAGGAAGCUGCACGCAGAGAAGGUGGCCAAAGCCUUCUGGAUGGCGAUCGGGGGAGACAGGGAUGAGAUUGAAGGUCUCUCCUCAGAUGAAGAAAACUGAAUUCCUCUGUGGCUGGAAGUGCCAGAGCAAUCCUAAAGGAAUGAUCCUUGCCUGAAUCAGUGUUCAUUGCCAAAAACCCCAUUUAGCUGUAGCUGCUUCCCUUGGUGACAGCAUUCCCCAUACCCACAUUCCACAGCAUCUCCUGGCUCCGGAGGCUUUGGCUGACUGUCCUUUCUCCUCUCCCUGAGGACUUUGGAAGGUGACAUGUGUGUGGUUCAAGGAAACAGCGAUGAGUUUACAUUUUCUCAAAUGAACAUUUUUAUGAUUUCCUCUCGGGGGUUUAAAUAAACAAAUGUGCUCCCAGUUAUCUCUGCACACAGGGCUGGGGCUUGGGAAGUGACUGCUGAAUUCCCAACCCCAUUUUUCAGCUGUGGGGCUCCUGGAUGGUUUUAUGGAGCUUUUCCCAGUUCAAACUGAGCCAAUUUGGUUGAGCCAGGAGGAGGAGGUUGCUGAGCUGUGCCCUGGGGCGAUGCUGUGCCAGGGCCCCGUCCUGCCAAGUGCCAAGGCCAGUACAGGUGGCCCCGGGCUCGAUUUUGUUGGCAUUUUGCCUGUGUAAGGACAGGGGCCCUCCCUGGAAUGUCAGGUGUUGUCCACGCUCCCCAGAUUCCAGUUAGAAACUAAACUUGGGAUGAAAUUCUGGCUAUGGCUGCUCCAGGGGUGGAAUUCCCUGCCCACACCCUCUGCAAGGCCUGGCAGACACAGAGCUGCUCUGGGGAGCUCUGGCCUCAGUUCCCAGCGCUGGGAUCCCAAACCUCAGUGCCCCACUCCCGUGUGUCCAUCAGCACAGGGCUCAGAGGGAAUUCCCUUUUCCUGGAUCGAGUGCACAUCACUUCCAGAGCAGCACAGGGCACAGACCCUCUGGAAUUACGGCAUGGAGGGCAGGGGGAGCCUGCUGAGGAGCAGGAGGAGAAAGGGGAAAUUCCACCCUGGCUCCCUCUCUGCUACAGGCAGGGGAUCAGUGGGAAGAGGAUGCAGCAGAUUCCCACACGGAAGAGUCUGGCCCCAAGAACUUUUCCUUAUCCAUCUGAAAAUCUGCCCUGCUAAGCAGCCUCAAUUAGGAAUUUGAAAAUUAACUUUUCCAAUGUCCCCUAAAUUCCUGAGGACUGGGUCUGCCAUGGAUCAGUGGAUAGCUUUACAUCCUGCAGGCGCUUCCACACUGCUCCCUGAAUUCCCUUCCUAAUGAAGCAGAGGUGAAUGUAAAUCAUGUUUCUUGGAAUGCUGGGAAUCAUUUCCUGGGAUAAAACUGGAGCGUUUAAGGACAAGAACUGAAGCCUCCUUGGCAGUUUGGGAAGUGUUUUCUCAGCUGAAGCCUGGGCAGGAGCUCCCCCACGGUGAAACACCUGGUUUGGGAAGAAUUCUGGAAUACAGAGAUCCAAGGAAAGCCGUGCCAGGGACACCCUCGCAGGCAGCUGCUGGGCCUUGCUGGUUCUCUGCCUCCUCCCAUCCUCCACAACUCCCCGGCACAGGGAAUGUGGCACAGACACGAAGGUGGCUCCUUCCCAGCAGGGAAUGGUUUCCAUGGGGGAUUCCUGGUAGCUGAGGAUUCUUUCUGCCCUUUCUAAAUCUUUGUUGUGCAAUGGUGAUAAAUGGCCACGGUGCCAAGGGAAUAGAGCGGAGGCAGUGAAGAAAACAACGGACUUGGACACUUCAUUCCUUAGACAUGUGAUAGAGAUGUGACUUUUUAAAUUUAAUGAGAUCAUAUCAAUUAAAUCCAGUGCUUUGCUGCCUUUUUAUGAGGUAGCAGCAGCUCAUUCCCAUCCUCGGAACUCUUUCAGAAAAACAUGAUUUAUUGUAAAUAUGGGUCUUGUUUGUGGGGGCACAAACCAUGGAGGCAGGAAGUGUGGCUGGAGACACUGGGAAAUAAUUUAAUGAUCCUCUGAGGUUGUUGUGUUGUGGUUUAAAAUCAAGGUUUACUUUGCUGGUGCUUAUUUUUUUUUGUGGGUUGUUUGGGGUUUUUCUGAAGAGACCCUUUGGUUUUGGCUACAGAAUCACUUUACAAAGUAAGAAGUUAACAGAAAUGAAUAAAAGGGGCAUUAGCGGAAAAGCA